AGCCAAGCUCUGAUGGCGGAGAAAUCGCAAUCAGUUCGCGUGCAAUUUACCGGCGGAGUACUGAAAAUUCGAUCCCGAUUUCGGAAAAUGCAAGCUCCGGUUGAUCCAGAACGCAUGCAACGGCUUCCUGAAUCUCGUCAAAGUGCAGAGUCAAAUGCCUAAGCAGCUGAUAAAGUCGCCUACCAGUUACAGUCCACCGGUAUCUCUUCCGGCUGUGCGGAUGCUGCUGCUGCAGGUGCCAGAAACUGGAAUUUUCUUCAGUGAGGAUGGGAAAAAUAUCCCAGCUGCUUGACUUUGAAAUCUCAUGGAACACAAUGUAUGGAGUGCAGCCAUCUCUUUCUUCUUGUCAGGGCACCCUCUAGAUCUACAAUCCUGUCAAAGUUAUAGCCACCACAUGAGGAAACUUAACAACAGCCAGUGCCUCUGAGGAAUUGGAGUUGUAUAGAUGUUAUGUGGCUGGUGGCAAUGCAGUGAUGUGUUUGUAUGGAGAUGGUGGUUUGCUAAUGCUCUUGGUGAUGGUCAUUUUGGAACUGCAAAAAUGAUCUGUGUGGAGAAUGAAGAUGAAUGAUGUUUUGGAUGGCUUAAAAUGACUUAAAAUGCCUAUGCAAUGGUGUGAGAGAUUGCUUUCUGAUUGAUGAAUAACCUUAAGAGAAGUGCUUCAAGAAAGCACACUCAAACUAAAAAUGAUUACCUAGCUUUAAGAAGCUGUAUGACAUUAAUAGUGGGACUGGAACAGAAAUUAGACGGAACUCUAUUUUAGGGGUCUUAGUUUGUUCUUUAUCUAUUGGAACCUUUAUUGAGAAUUCCAUUCAAGUUCUAGGUAGUAUUUUUAUUCCUGUCUAAUCUUUCCAUGAAGUAAAACUUCUGAAUACUAAACUGAUCUAAUAUUUCAAUGAACACACUCAAACUCAUGUUUUGAAGACUUUUGAGUCAAUGAAUCUAAUCAAAAAGCUUAUUUGGACCAGCCUUUUUGCAGGCUUUGUUGUGACUCUUCAUCAUACCAAGGAUCUUCUGGAAAAUGAUGUGUCCCUUUCUUCAAAACACCACAAUCUUCUUGGGAAAGUUGAUCAUAUGCAGCCUGCUUCUUUUGAAGAUUGCACUUCAGUUUCUGCCUAAAUCCAGGUUAGCAGAAUCUAAUAAUUAAUUGCUGGGUCAUAUCCUAACAAAUCCCAGCGGAUCAGGUUAUAUUUGUUUUGUUUGUGUGAUGCCCAAAUGACAUCUUUGUCGGAGGUUGUAUUCUGUAUCACUCACAGACAACCACAAAAAGCAUGGGAUGGAGCUUCGAGAAGCCAUUGAUGCUGCAGAUUAAUGCUACAUACACAUACAUGCAUAAUAUAUUUAUAUUCUUCAAAAAUAAUACUAUCCUAAGUAUUAGAUUUUUUUCAAAGUACAUAUCGGUUCAUUUAGUGGUAAGCUUAUCAUUAAUUAGGAAAAGGACCAACUGAUGGUCCUGCUGUUGAUAGAAAUCUCUGUUUUUGUCCUUUUGGAAGAGACGUAUCAUGCAUUAUGUUGUUUAUUUGUAUUACUAGGCUACAGCCCCACCUCCAGAAAUAGGGAAAUGUCAGUGUCUGCCAUGGAAGUUGGUGUCAUGUAUGCAUGAAGUCUUAAACUAGAUUGAGAAGAUUAGUAACAUUCAAUUUCAUUAUUCAUAUGUAACUUGUUAUUAGCAAGGUUUUUAAGUUGCUUGAUUGGUGAUUGCAUAUGUAAUCUCUAACCAUGUCUUUAUUGCUGCCAACAUGGAAGAGUAUCAAAUCAUGUCUUUAUUGCUUAAAACAUUGGCAAAUGAAUUGGAUAUAGAUUG